CCACGAUUUCACGCAUCGGCAAAGUUGACCACGCCCCACAAACCCACACUCACACACACACAAACACACACGCGCGCGCACCCAAGCAUGAUGGCUGAUGACAGUGAGCACCGCCUGACAGACGGCGUGUCUGUGGAUGCGGUCAAGACCUUCCUCGCAGACCUGAAGAGCGAGUUCCCCGACACUUACACUGAGAUGACAACGGAGGAUGCCUGCAAGCAGCUUGUGGUGCCACGCACGCGCCAGGACAACUGCGCGUACGUCGAUCUUUUGCGCAAGCAGUCAUCACAUGAACAUGUGGGCAAGGCCACCGUGUUUGUGUCGCACGCGUGGCGAUACAAGAUCGCAGACGUGCUCAACGUGCUGCUGGAGUUUGCGGAGGAACAAAGAGUACGGAAGGAAGACAGCCAGCCCGUGUUCUUCUGGUUUGACCUCUUCAUGAACAACCAAAACGCCAACAUCACCGCCAACCUCCCACAAGAGUGGUGGAGCACCACGUUCAAGGAGUCGAUUGCCAACAUUGGGCGCGUGCUGCUGGUGUUGAUGCCGUGGCGUGACCCCGUGCCACUGACCCGUGCGUGGUGCCUGUGGGAGAUCUUCUGCGGCAUCAGCAACGAGGGCACAGAGGUCAACAUCCGCCUGCCCAACAGCGAGGAGAAGGCGCUGGAGGAGGCCAUCCGCGGCGACUUUGAAGCCGUCACGGAUACGCUGGUGCGCGUGCAGGCAGAACGGGCAGAGGCCUUCAAUCCACACGACAAGGAUAUGAUCUUCGAGGCCAUCCAGAACGGCGUGGGCUUUGCGGCUCUCAACCAGGCCGUGAAGGACCAGCUGCGCGCGUGGUGCCUGCACAAGAUGGUCGCUGCGGUGGAGGCCAUGCGGGCAAGAGGCGAAGACGAGACAGCGGCAUUUGCAGCACUAUGCACUCAAGUUGGGAGUGUAAUGCACGAGUUUGGCGAGCACGGCAAGGCAAUUGCAUACUACGAGACCGCACUGCCAAUUGCGCUUCGCACUGAAGGAGAAGAUGGAAGGAACGUGGCCGGCUUGUACGAUAGUCUCGGCAUCGCAUACACCAAGACGGGCGAGUACGACAAGGCAAUUGAGCACUUUGAGAAGGCCCUCGCCAUCAAAGUGGAGGUGCUGGGAGAGAAACACCCGAGCACAGCGCACACGUACGGCAACUUCGGCCUCCCCUACUUGCAGAAGGGCGAGAAUGAUCAGGCCAUCAAAUACUUUGAGAGGAGCCUGGCCAUCAAGGCCGAGACGCUGGGCGAGAGGCACCCAGACACAGCCUUGGUCUACAACAACAUUGGUGGCGCAUACGAGAACAAAGCCGAGUACGGCAAGGCCAUCGAGCAAUUUCAGAAGGCGCUCGCUGUCAAGGUGGAGACCCUCGGAGAGAAGCACCCAAGCACAGCACAGACGUACGGAAAUCUCGGCAACGCCUACUACAAGCAGGGCAAACACGACAUGGCCAUUGAGCACGCCGAGAAAGCGCUGCAGGUGUUUGUGGAGACGCUGGGCGAGAACCACCCCAACACAGCGCAGACCUACAAGUCCAUGGGCCGCGCAUAUGUCGGCAAGAGCGAUUACAUCAAGGCAAUGCAGUGCUACAAGAAGGCGCUCGCCAUUACAGCUAGGACGCUGGGCGAGAAACACCCUGACACAGCAACCGCUUACCUCAAAGUCGGCAUACUGCAAUUCCAAAGCGGCGACGUGGAGCAGGCACGUACCUACAUCCAGCGGGCCCACAGCAUUUACAUGGCCACGCUCGGGCCAGACCACCCCAACACACGCAGGGCUGCGCAGAGCUUGCAGCUCAUUCAAGCUGGUGCGGUGAGCCGCGAGCAGAGCGCGCCGACGGAACAUCAGCCUGCCUCACCCACCUCUUCACCUCAGCAACAAGAAACGACCGCCAAUCGCAAUCUGCUUCUUCGGUUCAUCUCAUCUGCUGUUGUGCACCGCUCGUCCACUGCACGGCGCAAUCUGCUGUUGAGGUUUCUCGGCGCUGCCGCGCAUGUUCACUCUGGAGUACGUGACCCAGCAACCACAGGCAGCGACAGUGAGGAGGAGGAGGAGGAGGAGGAGGAGGAGGAGGAGGAGGAGGAGGAGGAGGAGGAGGAGGAGGAGGAGGAGGAGGAGGAGGAGGAGGAGGAGGAGGAGGAGGAGGAGGGGCAGACAGGAAAAGCUCCUGUUUCAUCUUCUCGUCAAACCGACGUCGGCGGCGGCAAUGUUGCAUCGACAACAGCGCUGCACGAUGAUGCUUGCAAGCAUUCCACCCAGCCCUUGGCCGGUUGGUUGCAGAAGCGCGGGCGAUGGAACACCGCUUUUCGCACCCGGUGGUGCAUGCUUGACGGUGGUCACCUGCUGUACAGCACAGCGCCUGAGCGAGCAGCUCGCAGACACAUCCCGCUUUCAACCGUGCAGUCAGCUGAGCUUACUCAGGAUCGUGAGGAGCUGCAUGUUGCCGUGCCUGGGCGAACCUUUGUCUUCCGCCUGGACGCCCGUUCGGAGCUGACGCUUGCCGACUGGCGCAACGCCAUUGAGAUGGGGGCGAGUGGCGCGAAGUGA